AUGGAGAAAACAGACGCCCUCAGCGGCAGCGAGGGUUCUGGCGGUGGCGGUUCCGUUUGUGGAUAUCACUCACUUCACCGCCUCUUGAACGCCAUCUCAAACCCCAAACUUUUCCGGGAAAUCAGCCGUAUUCUUUAUGGACUGAAUCGUGGCAAGGCACUUGAAACAAUUUCUCUCCUAAAAUCUGAUAAAUCUCUCUCUUCUGGACAUGAUUUUGACCUCCAGGCCUACUGCUUUCUUAUUAACAAAGAGUUGUUGAGAGAACCCCGAAUAGUUAGAGUUGGUCUCAUUCAAAACUCUAUAACUCUUCCAACUAAUGCCCACUUUUUGGACUAGAGGAGGGCAAUCUUUGAGAAAGUAAAGCCAAUAAUUGAUGUUGCGGGUGCUUCAGGUGUCAACGUGUUAUGCUUGCAGGAAUUAUGGACGAUGCCAUUUGCCUUUUGCACCCGGGAGAAGAGGUGGUGCGAAUUUGCAGAACCUGUAGAUGGGGAAUCAAGGUGAUUUCUCCAGGAUCUUGCCCGGAAGUAUAACAUGGUCAUUAUAAGUCCAAUUCUUGAGAGAGAUGUCAAUCAUGGAGAGACUCUCUGGAACACUGCUGUCAUAAUUGGUAAUACUGGAAACAUAAUUGGAAAGCACCGAAAGAACCAUAUAACAAGAGUUGGCGACUUCAAUGAGAGUACUUAUUACAUGGAAGGGAAUACUAGGCAUCCAGUGUUCGAGACGGCUUAUGGAAAAAUUGCUGCUAAUAUAUGCUAUGGAAGGCAUCAUCCUUUGAAUUGCGCAUUUGGCUUGAAUGGUGCAGAGAUUGUUUUCAACCCUUCCGCCACUAUGGGUGAACUCAGUGAACCGAUGUGGCCCAUUGAGCCCUGCAACGCUGCAAUUGCAAAUAGCUACUUUGUUGGAUCAAUCAACCGUGUAGGGACUAAGGUUUUCCCAAAUCCAUUCACUUCCAGUGAUGGGAAGCCAGAGCAUGCAGAUCUCGGGCAUUUCUGUGGAUCCAGCCAUGUUUACCCAGAUGCCUCAUGCACUCCAUCUCUGUCACGCCAUAGAGAUGGCUUGUUGAUCUCGGACAUGGACCUCAAUCUCUGUAGGCAGAUAAAAGACAAGUGGGGAGGAUUCCAAAUGACUGCUCGUUAUGAUUUGUACACAAACCUGCUUGCCCGUUACUUGAAGCCGAAUUUUGAGCCCCAACAUAAUAAGUCUCCGUGA